GAUAAUUAAUUUAAUCCAAAAUCCCCCAACUCAAAUUCAAAUUCCAAAUUCCAAAAUUUUAAUUAUUCUUCUUCUUCUUUGUUCGUCAGAUCCACCUACUUCUGUGCAGAGAAGGAUUCGGUGAUCCACUCUCCCCGUAACAAAAUUGGAAACUCCGUUGUUUUUCUUUCACUUGACGCGCUUUUCCGUUUCAAGUUUUCUGCAUCCCGUUCUUCUUCCCCAAAAAUUACUCCCCCUGCUGCUCCCUCCACCGCCGUAAAAUCCCCACCCUCACCAUUACGCGCUCGGAGACUCGCUUCCGUCGUACGGAAAUUGCAUUUAGUGAAAAAUGCCAGAAGUUCAAUUGGGUUGCCACACUGUAAGGUCCCAUGGAGUUAAGGUGGUAAGGAUUCAUAUGCAUGAUUGGCUGAUUCUGUUGGUUCUCGCCGGGAUUGAUCUCGGUUUGAACUUGAUAGAACCGUUUCACCGCUUUGUUGGGGAGGACAUGAUGACAGACCUGAAGUACCCCUUGAAAGACAAUACAGUUCCCUUCUGGGCUGUUCCGAUAAUUGCGGUAUUGUUGCCGCUUGCUGUCAUUCUUGUGUACUACUUCAUCCGAAAGGAUGUCUAUGAUCUGCACCAUGCCAUUUUGGGCCUUCUAUUCUCUGUCUUCAUAACCGCUGUUUUAACUGAUGCGAUCAAAGAUGGUGUUGGUCGACCUCGUCCAGACUUCUUUUGGCGUUGUUUCCCUGAUGGAAAAGGGGGAUUUGAUCCGACCACAAAGGAUGUCAUAUGUACUGGAAUCAAGAGUGUCAUUAAGGAAGGACAUAAAAGCUUCCCAAGCGGGCAUACUUCAUGGUCCUUUGCAGGUCUUGGUUUCCUUGCAUGGUACUUAUCGGGAAAAGUUAGGGUGUUUGAUCGUAGGGGACAUGUUGCAAAGCUCUGUAUUGUCAUUUUACCACUACUUACUGCAGCGCUGGUGGCAGUUUCUCGAGUUGAUGACUAUUGGCAUCAUUGGCAAGAUGUUUUUGCUGGCGGGCUUAUAGGAAUCACCAUUGCUUCAUUUUGUUACCUGCAAUUCUUUCCACCUCCAUACGACACAGAUGGUUGGGGACCUCACGCAUACUUCCAGAUGCUGGCGGAGUCUCAAAAUCGUGAGGAGUCCUCGACUAACAACGCCAACAAUCUUAGUGUGCAGCCAACAGAGCUUACGAGUGUAUACGUCGAACCUCAGAACGGUGAUGAAUUGUCAAGAGGCAAUAGCGGAGACAGAAACGCCAUGCUAAAUGGAAGGGAAAACGGGAGAAGACACCAGAGUGUCGGGUGUUUGUAGAUAAGAAUAGAGUUAAUGAGCAGAUGUUCAUAUCAUAGGAUCCAUCUUGCCAUGUGAAUUUCGUAGACGGAUAUCGGAAUUUAUAAACCAGAUGAAAUAUGAACCUUCCUUUUUGCUUAAGUUUGUUUAAUUGAUUUGUUUAAUUGAGAUUGAUAUAACUCUUU